UGUAUAUUUAAAAGAUGCCUGGGUAUUGUCAAAAGUAAAUAAUUGUUUGUUUGUUUACUUGUCAAAAUAAUAUUUGAGGAUCAACGAUAACAUAAUAUUUUUUAUAUCGUUAUUAACGAUAAUUAAUAAAUCCGGUGGACUAUUUUUUUUUUUAAUCGAAAGUCAUACGUAAACAAGUGGGAUAACCUCAAUUUUUAUUGAGUUAGAGCACAUGUUGCUUUUCAAUGUGUAAAUAAAUUCAAUAAAAUCGAUGAAAUAUUAAUAAUAAAAUUAAAGAAGAUUUGGAUAAAUAAAUUAUCAACAAAAUCAAAAAAAUAAUAAAUCAAAAAUGUCAUCGUGGAAAAAAGCAGCAAAAGCUGGUCAGAAGACUCAUCGGGAACGUCAUCAACCAGAGUCACGCCAACACUUGGGUCUUUUAGAAAAGAAAAAGGAUUAUAAAUUACGUGCGCAAGAUUACAAUGAAAAACAGGCGACUUUAAAGCUUCUGAAAAAGCGGGCAUUGAAUAAAAAUCCAGACGAGUUUUAUUUUCAUAUGAUUAAUUCGAAAAUGGAUAAAGGAGUUCACAGAGAGAAAGAAAAAAAAGAAGAGAACACAAUUGAACAGAUAAGAUUAAUGGAGACGCAGGAUUUGAAGUAUAUCGCGCACAAAAGACAUUUAGAAGCACGUCAAGUUGAAAAACUCCAGAGUCAGUUGCACAUGAUCGACGUAGCAAACCAAACACCAAACAAUCACAUAUUUUUCGUUGAUGAUGAUGAGGAAGCUAAAAAUUUUGACGUCGCUAAACGUCUUGAAACUCAUCCCGCGCUUUUAUCUCGAAAGACAAAUCGUCCUAAAUUAAGUGCUCUAAAGAAAGCUAAAUUACCUGAAUUAGAUGAAGCAACAAUUGCGAAAAUUGAGCAGCAAAAACACAUGGCCUACACGGAAUUACGUAAGCGAAUUGACCGUGAAACCGGAUUAACAAUUGUUCAACAGAAAUUAGAAAUGCGUCGUGCUUUAAAAGAUAGAACUUUGGAUAAACCUAAAGUUGUUAAACAGGGUUCGAAAACAUCAGCACCGGUUUACAAAUGGAAGUUACAGCGUAAAAAGUAAUUUUUUAAUAAAAACUCUUUGAAAUAGAGUAAGAAGAGACCCAAUACCCGAACAGGGAACUACUACCCUAUUACUCAUAUAUUUGUAUAUCUAUAUUUACUUAAUUUUAUGAGUAUGAAUAUAGCAGACAUCAGACAAUUUAUAAAUUUAAAUAAAUAAAUUUAAAUAAUAGAAUUUUAAAAAAUGCGCGCGCUGAUUUUUCAAUUAUCUAAAUAUGUAUUUUCUCAUUUUUUUUCUACUCACAUUUUAUUUAAAAGUUUUUAAAAUUUCCUUGUCAGUUACAUUCAAUGUGAAUGUAGCAGAGUUCAGACGAAUUUAAAAUUAUUAAUAAAUAGAGUAAAUAAUUAAUAAAAUGAAAUUUUUAAAAAAUGCGCAUUUAAAAAAUUAAUAAGUGUAUUUUUUAUAAAUAUUAUUUUUUCAAUUAAUUACCCUAUUUAUUUAUACUUUGAAAUUUGUCUGAUGGCUACUACACUCACAUUCGUUACAUUACACUCAUACUUUACUAAAUAUAUCUAUACAAAUACGUGGAGUGAUUGAGUACUAGUUCCCUGAUCGGGUACUAGGUCGUUUACUUUACAUUUAUUAAAUAUAUUAUUUUUAUUUAUAGUUAAAAGUUAAUAAAA